AUGCGAUGUGGCCACCUUAGUCUACUAAAACUGCGCCUCGCCAUUCACCUCUCUCUCUCUCUAUCGACUUCGCCUGACUCAUUCGAUUUAGGGCUGCCGAGAAGGGAGGAGGAGGAGGCGGACGAAAGGUGAGCCGCUCCGCCGAGAUCUCUUCUUCCUCGCCUUUUCGUUGGUCCAAAGUGUGCGUCUUCCUCGUCGGAGCAAUGGGACGAGAGCCAACUCUGAUACAAAAGUCUUAUUCUUGGCCCAAGACUGUAGUCCGGAAAUGGCUCAACUUGAAGACCUCAGAGAUCUGUUCUGAACGCAGCACAGAGAAGAACGGAGAUGUACAGAGGAGGAAGAGCUGUUCGGACAAGGACAGUAGCGUGCUCAGGAGAAGGGACUUGCCAGUAGGUGGAUGGCUGGCGGAGGGCCGUGACAAUCUCGAGCCUCCCCGCGUGCCGAGCUACUCGCCAACUGGCUCUUCUCCGCCCAUCGACAACCUCCGGAUGGUCGUAGGGACAUGGAACGUGGGAGGGCGCCCGCCCCACUGUGGGCUCAACCUCAGGGAUUGGCUUAUGAGCACGCCUUCCUCCCCAGACAUCUAUGUCCUCGGGUUUCAGGAGAUCGUCCCCUUGAACGCCGGGAAUGUGUUGGGCCCCGAGGACAAAGGCCCCGCCUGCAAAUGGCUCUCCCUCAUUCGGCAGGUGCUGAAUCCCCCCGGAAUCCACGGCGACGCCUCGGAGUCCGACUCCCCGUCGGCUCAGAAGCCGCGGGUCAGCUUCUCGGAUCUCUUGUCCAUGGAGCUGGAGCUGGAGGAGCCCGAGGACGAGCUCGCGAGCAUGAAUCCCAGCUCCAGCAGCGGCGGCGAGUCGCCGGAUCUCUACCUGGGAUCGAUCACGCCGCACCGCGGGGGUUACUGCCUCGCCGCGAGCAAGCAGAUGGUGGGCAUCUUCCUCUGCGUGUGGGUGCGAGCCAGCAUCAUGCACCGCAUCAGCGCCCUCGAGAUCUCCUGUGUCGGCAGAGGCAUCAUGGGCUGCAUGGGGAACAAGGGGUCGAUCUCGAUCAGCAUGACUCUGGAGCGAACCACGUUCUGCUUCAUUUGCACGCAUUUGGCGUCCGGAGAGAAGGACGGCGACGAGGUCCGAAGGAACUUGGAUGUCGCGGAGAUCAUGAAGAGAACGAGAUUCCAGCAAUCACAUAGGAUCGCAGGGCCAGCGCCAUAUCUACCGGAGACAAUUCUGGAGCACGACAAGAUUAUAUGGCUCGGAGAUCUCAAUUACCGAUUGGCUUCCACGAACAGCGACACCCAUCAACUGUUGCAGAGGAAUGACUGGGAAACCUUGUUGCAGAAGGACCAGCUUCUGAUAGAACAGAGAGCCGGACGUGUGUUUGCCGGAUGGGACGAAGGGAAGAUAUAUUUUCCUCCGACAUACAAAUACCUUGCGAAUUCUGACAUUUACGCCGUCGAUCAAGCAAAAUCGAGAGAGAAAAGGCGCACCCCUGCUUGGUGCGAUCGUAUACUGUGGCGGGGGAAGGGGAUGAAGCAAAUGAGUUACGUGAGAGGCGAAUCGCGGUUCUCCGACCACCGCCCGGUCUACUCCCUCUUCUCUGUACUGAUGAACGACGGCCUGUUCGACCACGGCGGGGUGAUGACGGCCGAAGAGCAUAAAGCAGCCGACGUGGAUUCAAAGAGCAGCAGCCCCCUGUCGUCGUCAUCGCGAGGGAAGGUGCAGGCCGAGGAGCUGUUCCUCGUAGCAACAACACCGAAGCCACAUGGAAGCCGACGGGUUCCGAACCUAUAACCAUCCUAUUCUUCUUUCAUUAACCAAUACAAACGAAGAAAGAGAGAAGCCAAGCUGUGCUCCGCAAAAAGCCAACGAGCGGCAUUUGCUCGGUUAACCAAACGCUAAGCGGACGCCGCGGCGUGUCAAGGGGAAGCCAAAGGCGACGGCCUUUGCUGGUGCAAUGCCGAUCUCGUGCUCGCAGGUAUGUCUCGAGAAAGACGUAGCUGUUGUAGCCCCCAAAUCGAGGAGGGAAACUCGAUGCUUUUUUGUUUUUUGAUGACGAAGAUACAAAAAUGUGGUGAAGCGAUUGAUGAGUUACGGAGAAGUAUGUAAAGCAUGGCAGCUCGAGUUGCAUCUUUUCGUCAGCUUUUGCAGGCAGGAGACCUGUUGCGUUC